AUGUCAAUGCCCAGAAUUGACAGAAUGAUGAAAAUCUUUGUUUUAGUUCUCUGUGCAAGUUUGCAACUUGGCAGUGCAGACAUUUUUGACUCCGUUAACAUGACAUCAAUUGGAUGUUUCGAAGACAUAUCGUGGUCACGGCCGAUCCCCAGCCUUGAGGGACAAGACCCGCGUCUGGAGGGAGUGAACUACAAACGGAGGACAGAUGCAAUAGAAAAGUGUGCAUUUGUAGCUAAGCAACGCGGAUACAAAGUYUUUGCUCUUCAAGACGGCGGCAUGUGCUUAAGCAGUUCCACCGCACACAAGACCUUUCAGAGAUAUGGCACGUCAAGUAAGUGCAAAAGCGAUGGAAGAGGAGGGAAGGAAGCAAAUCAUGUUUACGUUAUUGGAGGAAUCAAGGGUAUGACCACUUUGUUUAUUUUUUAUUUAUAAAAGUAAAUGAAACCUAUUAAACAAUGAAGGGGAGGAAGCCACAUAGAACGACAACAAUUUUCUUUCAAGACAAUGCGAUAUAUAUUAAGAGGCCGCGGAGCUGCCGUUAAUAACAGCGAGCUAAAUAACCUUUCUAUUUAUAAGAGAAUGACGUAAAUAGUUUUGUAGAUAAGUGAUUUUAUUUCUGAUAGUGGCUCCGAAUACUUAUCAUCUUCUCCUGUUUGCUUGGCAUAGUAUCAGCCCAAUGGUGUAAAAGACAAAGAAUGUAAAACUCCCUAUGAUUCUUUUUUUAUCGAAACGCCGUCAUGAACGUUCUAUGAUAAUUUUUUCGUCUAAUUGACAAAGCACAAGAAAACUAAGUAAGUUUUAGGAUUUUAUGAUGAAGUAGUCAUAGCCGCCUUAUUUCAUAAUCAGUUUUAAUGUGUUUCUGAACCCCUUAGAAAAAUUUUUUUUAAAAUUUAGUUAUUUAUUGAAAUUCCCAAUUUAUUUUUCGAAAAGGCAAAAAUGAACCCCAAUGAAAAGAUUUUCCGAGCAAUUUUCAAAUUUUUAUCGCGGACAGGUUAAGGAGCGCUCUCAUCUCUGGUAACUAUAGCAACUAAUUUUUUUUGCCCCUCGGCAGGAAUCCUUUUAGCUCGUCACUCAUUACCAACUCGUGAUAAACCUGUAAAGGCUGAUUUGACAGUGGCGAGCAGAUCAAUAAUUUGCCGAAGCUGAAUUAAGGUUGAGGCAAAUACUUGAUCUGUGAGACAAAUCACGAUAGUAUUCGGUGACUGUGUUCAAUAAAUGUUUUGUCAUUCUAUCACUGACCAAGUUUGUUUU